AAUCUCCUUGACCUCAAUCUAGAAAUUCUCGUUAUCGUUUCGACUCAUCGCCAUAGCCACUUCACACUCUCCUUUCCUCCCUUCUUCAAAAUCUCCAGUCUCAUGCUGUCUCUCUCUCGAUCAUAUAACUUUUACUUCUCUUCUGGUUAAUUUUAUGUGGGAUUAGGAUUGGUGAAGAAUGAGUUGUAUUCAGGCUACUAGUGUAGGCAAGCCUUGUGUAACUCUCCCAAAUAGAUCCCAAUUGCAGCUUGUACCUGGUACGACACAUGGGACAUUAUUGAAACUAACAUAUAAGCAAUGUGCACCUCGGUUAAAAUCUUGGCAAGGAAGCACAGUUGUUUGCUUGUUUGGUGAUAAAGACAAGUCUGAAGAUACGAAAUCUCCGUGGGAUGCUUUUGGGAAAGCUAUGGGAAAUUUGGGAAACUUCACUAAGGGACAGUCUGUAGAGGGUAUGCUUCGGCAGCAGAUGGAGAAGAAAGAAUACUUUGAUGGAAGUGGUGGCAAAAGUCCACCACGUGGUGGUGGUGGUGGUGGUGGUGGUGGUGGUGGGGAUGGUUCUGGUGAUUCAGAGGAUGAAGGCUGGGGUGGGAUCAUAGAUGAAACUGCACAAGUCAUAUUAGCAACACUUGGCAUUAUAUUUGUGUAUAUGUACAUCCUUACUGGUGAGGAGCUGACUCUGUUAGCAAGGGACUACCUGAAGUAUCUCUUUGGAAGAGGUUACAAGAGUGUUCGUUUAACAAAUGCAAUGGAAUGGUGGGAAAGUUUCCUGGAAAAUUUCAAGCCGGAGGAAUCUUACGAUGAUAAGUAUUGGUUGGAAAAAGCAAUUAUUAAUACCCCUACAUGGUAUGACAAUCCAGAGAAGUACAGGCGUUUGCUUGAGGCUUACAUGGAAUCACAAGAAGAAGAGGAAGACGAUGACGAUAAUGAUAAUGAUAACGAUAAUGAUGAUGGAUUAUAAUCCCAUAUUUUGUGGCAAUCAUCUUUCCCUUUCGCCUUUCCCUUAUUUCUCUUCCUGCUCAUCUUGCAAACUUGUGCUACUUUUAAGGUGAGACUAGCAUUAAUACUUUUUUGUUUCCCGAGAUGACGAAGAUCAAUUUUGAUGUUGUAUUGUUAGCUUAUAGCAAUUCUUGUAUAGCAGUUGAAACUUUAAUCGACUUAAGAUUCAAGACUUGCAUUUUAGGUUGCCAAGAGUCGGAAAAGUUUUGUUCAUUUGCUGGACAAUAGAAAGUUUCUGUCCAGAUUUUCUCAUCCAAGUGAAAGUGGCAGGUUAAGCACAAUAUGA